CUUACACAUCCAUUCAGGCACCAGUCUACAGCUGUGACAAGUUUGGCACUCCGCCUUCUCCAGCUGAGCUCUUCCUGUUGCCCAAUACAAACGACUUACUUAGUUUGGUUGAUUUCACUUCAUAUUGAUUACAGCUUAGCAGUAUGGGACGGGCCAAGCCAGCAGCAGCAAAAGCAGCCUCCCCGGCGAAGCCCGCGGAGGAGGAUGCACCCGAGCCUAUUAAGCUCACCAACCUCUAUGACGCUGGAGCGCUAAAGGGGGCGCUGGAUGAGGUGGCGCGGGAGGUAGUGCUGGACGCGGGCUUCAACGAGGACGUCAUGGUCAGCAACAUCAAACUCCUACUAGGAUUCACGGCCAUCGGCUCGGGGCUGCUGGCGCAGUUCGGGCCGGGCAAGUUCCCGGCCAACUGGUGGAUGGUGUUUGGCUGCGUGGUGGCCUACCUGGUGCUCACCACGCUGCUCAACCUGUACAGCUGGAAGGUGGAGGGAGAGGCGUUCCUGGUCACGCGGCCCUUCCGGGGUGGCAAGGGCGUGCGUGUGUCCAGCCGCAUGGGGCGCUGGUCGGACGAGUUCACGUUGGUCAUCACGGACCGGGAAGACCCCUCGCUCGAGGUGACGUCGCAACACGCCAUCCCCGAGUUCUUCCACUCCAACGGCUACAUGGCGGACGGCGCCUGGCGGGCGGCGGUGGAGAAGCUGACCAGCAGCUACCUGGAGCGGCUGGCGGCGAGGCGGGGGAAGAAGGACGACUGACUGGGCACGGCGGCGGGCGCUGCCGGGGGUGCUGCUGCGGUUAAGGGGGCUGCAGCUGGUGCGACGGCGGCGGUGGAUGAAUGAUGACUAGUAGAUGCGGUGGCGCAGGUGGCCAGGGGCCUGUGAAGAGGCCUGUGGGUGCGGGGGUUGGGCCGGAGAGCGUGUGGUGGCCUGGUUGUGAGGUGCUGCUGGGUAUGGGUACUGGGUCCGAGCGGGGUGGGGGUGGCGGCGGCCGGGUUGCCACCGCAGCUGGGCGACGUGACAGGGCCGUGCGCUGCCCUGAAUGCGGAAGGAGGUGCGCGACGAGUGUGUGAGGCAGGGGCGACAGUGUGCGGAUGGGCGCUAGGCGCGUGGGAACAGUAGGACGGUGGCACUAGCAGCCCGAUGCAGGCCCCGCCUUGGCCGGCCGCUGAUGAAGCCCACUGGCCCACUGGUUUCUGUGCCCAUAUGCCCGGUGGCCUGUGUGUGCAAGGGCCCUGACACUGUGCCAGACCCCAUCCUGUGUGCGGCGCUACAAAAGGCUUUAUGCUCUGCUGUAUGUAACUUGCGGCGUUU